AGUAUAAAAGCCAACCUUUUCUUUUGCUGGGUGCUCACAGUUCACCAUUGCAGCCUCAGGAUGUUAAAGUUUGCGUUGCUGUUCCUGACCCUGUCGGGUCUCCAAGCUCGUCCAAUCAGAGCUCCUGGACAGCCGAUGUCUUUGUCUGACCGUCACCCAGAUGGCUUUAAGGGGAGCGUUGAACACGCUGGCAUGCGUGAACGUGUUCCUGAUGGAUUCAGACAAGGAACGGAGCCGUCCAGGAAGUUUCUUGUUGACCUGAACACUGGACUUGUCAAAGAACACAUCAGUGAGAUGGAAAGGAGAGUUGUCCCUGACGACAUUCCAGCCCAGAGAAGAGGAGCAGGUUGGGUUCGAGUGGAGAAACCCUCAACUGUUGAUGUUCCUGGAAGUCUUAGACAAGAAACCAAGUCCAGAAUGUCAAUCCCUAUUGGUUUUAGACAAGGAACCGAGCCAAAGAUGUCCAUCCCAGUUGCCUUUAGACAAGGAACCGAGCCAAAGAUGACCAUCCCAGUUGCCUUCAGACAGGGAACCGAGCCAAAGAUGUCCAUCCCAGUUGCCUUUAGACAGGGAACUGAACCAGAAAUGUCCAACCUAAUUGAGCUCAGAAAGGAAGCUCAGAAAAAUAUGCAGCUUCCAGUUGCUCUCAGACUGGAAACUGAACCAAAAUGGUUAAUGCCAAUUGGUUUUAGACAAGGAACCGAGCCAAAGAUGUCCAUCCCAGUUGCCUUCAGACAAGGAACCGAGCCAAAGAUGUCCAUCCCAGUUGCCUUCAGACAGGGAACCGAGCCAAAGAUGUCCAUUCCAGUUGCCUUUAGACAGGGAACCGAGCCAAAGAUGUCCAUCCCAGUUGCCUUCAGACAGGAACCGAGCCAAAGAUGUCCAUUCCAGUUGCCUUUAGACAGGGAACCGAGCCAAAGAUGUCCAUCCCAGUUGCCUUUAGACAGGGAACCGAGCCAAAGAUGUCCAUCCCAGUUGCCUUCAGACAGGGAACCGAGCCAAAGAUGUCCAUUCCAGUUGCCUUCAGACAGGGAACCGAGCCAAAGAUGUCCAUUCCAGUUGCCUUUAGACAGGGAACCGAGCCAAAGAUGUCCAUUCCAGUUGCCUUUAGACAGGGAACCGAGCCAAAGAUGUCCAUCCCAGUUGCCUUUAGACAGGGAACUGAGCCAAAGAUGUCCAUCCCAGUUGCCUUCAGACAAGGAACCGAGCCAGAAAUGUCCAACCUAAUUGAGCUCAGAAAGGAAGCUCAGAAAAAUAUGCAGCUUCCAGCUGCUCUCAGACAGGCAACUGGAGUCCAGACCCACAAAAUGGCCUGUAACGGGGAGAUCAUCAGUGGAAAAUGCUACCAGUUCAACCCCAAUUUGCUGUCCUACAAAGAUGCCCAGGCCUUUUGCAGAAAUCUGGCCCCCGAUGCUGAGCUUGCCUCAAUAACAAACAGAGACCUCCAUUCCCGACUGGUUUCCCUGCUGACCAAAGGAGGCGAGAACAACCCUGUGUUGACCUGGUUGGGAGCCAUCGUCAAGAACCAGCAGGCCUUGUGGGUCGACGGGUCAAAAUGGAGCUACAGCGACUGGAUGCCGGGACACCCCAACAUUCACGCUGACAAACCCGCCUGUGUCCAGAUGUUCAAGAUCGGUGAGAGCUGGUGGAGCGUGGCGGACUGUGAACUGAAGAGGGCGUCUCUCUGCUCGUACCCGGUCACUGCGUAAGAAUCAAAGAAACAGAAAGUGAUGUCAGAUGUCUCGCCAACGGCAAAAGAGUAUCUCCAAAUCUGCUGUCGUCCUCAGAUCGAGCUACUUACCGCAUCACAACUGAAUCUUCUGAAAUAAAACCAAGCAUGCCACAAAUAAA